GGAAUUUCUGGGGUUUACGCCCCUAAAGCGAUGGACGCCGAGGCCAUAGCUGAUGCCAUCAUAGAGACUAGUGUCAAGUUCGGUCUGAAGACGGAAAACCUCAUAGGGCAGGGAUACGAUGGCUGCUCAACCAUGGCUGGGAAAGACAACGGCGUGCAGACGCGGAUAAAGUCCAUACCUCCGAAGGCUGCCUUUGUACACUGCUCAUCACACCGAUUGAAUCUCGUGGUGACCGAUCUCAAUUCAGUCCCAGACGUCAGGAAUGCCAUCGGAACUGUCAAAGCCGUCAUAAAAUUCUUCUGCGACAGUCCGAAGAGAAGGAAGCAGGUGCCUAACCUUCAACUCCUCUGUGAGACAAGGUGGACAGCCAAGUACAAGAGUAUCCGAAUCUUCGCCGAAAAUUUCGUUGCCAUAGUGAAGGCGUUGGAGAAUCUCUCGAAAAACGAAUUGGAAACCACGCGCCAGACAGCGCAUCAGUUGUUCUGUGCCUCAACAACGGCAAAUUUCCUGGUGACACUGAGGAUCAUAGCAAGAUAUUCAGCGUUGCUUGAACCCAUCACCCAAUCCCUCAAGGCGGUAAAUUUGGACUUGCUUGGAGUGCAGGAGCAUAUCCAGAAACUGCUAAAUGUUUUGCGUUCCCAUCGCAGUGAGUCUGAGCAAGUAUUCACGCAGGACAUAAUGCCCGUUGUCAAACAAACUGCAGAAGAACUGUCUAUCGACCUGUCUUUGCCGAGGCGAUGUGGCCGGCAGAUGUUUCGGUCAAACCCCGACUCAAAUUCGUUCGAGGAUUACUUUCGCAAGUCGGUCUUCAUCCCCUACCUUGACUCCAUACUCCAAAGCCUACAAAUCCGAUUCGGGGAGGACAACAAACCGCACUUCAGCUUAUUCGCUCUCCAUCCAGCUCAAUUGUCCAAGAAUGACCGUACGGAGAUAAUCAACAUCGCUAGUAAGAUCAAUUCGAUUUACGAGAUUGACAAUUUAGAAUCCGAGGUACUGACAUAGUAUGAUCUUUGCCGUGAAGGCGGAAAGGACUACCAAAAUCAAGACAUGCUAUCCACCC